UAAAAAUAAUAAAUUUGAUUUUUUGGAAAUAUAACUGUCCUCAUCGGUAGACUGAUUUCCCGAUAGUUAUAUGCUGCCUCCUCCUCGCUUCUGCAUCAUCAGCAGCACCCGUCUUCCGUUUCAAAUUCAUCCAAGGCCUCCCAUUUUCAGUUCGAUGAGCUCCAGCAAGUCGGAAACGGUGCCUCCGAUCUUGUCGCUGGCUCUUCCCUCCGAUACCGGUCGAGUUCUUAGCAUUCAGUCUCACACGGUGCAGGGAUAUGUUGGUAACAAAUCAGCUGUUUUCCCUCUCCAGCUAUUGGGCUAUGACGUGGAUCCUAUCAAUUCGGUACAAUUUUCAAACCACACAGGCAAGUGUAUAUCUUUGAUGCCUGGUUAUCCGAGCUUUAAAGGACAAGUUCUGAAUGGACAACAACUAUGGGAAUUAAUAGAAGGCCUUGAAGCAAAUAAUUUAUUAUUUUAUACUCACCUGCUAACAGGUAGGGAAGGCAUCACUUCUUUUUUCAUGUUUCGCUACAUAGGUUCAGUGUCAUUUCUGAACACCAUAUUGGAGGUUGUCAAGAAGCUUCGUACGAUUAACCCAAAGCUCACUUAUGUUUGUGAUCCAGUGAUGGGCGAUGAAGGAAAGCUGUAUGUUCCGCCAGACCUGGUUGCAGUGUACCGUGAGAAGGUCGUUCCAGUGGCUUCCAUGUUGACUCCUAAUCAGUUUGAAGCUGAACAGUUAACUGGCUGCAGGAUUGUGUCCGAAAGUGAUGGCCGUGAGGCUUGCAACAAACUUCAUGCUGCUGGGCCUUCAAAGGUAGUGAUUACCAGUAUUAACAUUGGUGGUGGACUUCUUCUUAUCGGCAGUGAUAAAAGGGAAAAGGGCCAGUCACCUCAACAGUUCAGGAUUGCAAUACCCAAAAUUCCAGCUUAUUUUACGGGAACGGGGGAUUUAAUGACCGCACUUCUACUUGGAUGGAGCAAUAAAUAUCCUGACAACCUUGUCAAGGCUGCAGAGCUUGCAGUAUCAAGCUUGCAGGUCGGUGCUUCAAUGUUUCACGCUGACCCAUCUCACUAAACAAGUUUUCCCCCCUGUUCGAUAACUAUACAUCUUUUCCUGUUGCACUGGAACUUAGGAAUGAAUCUAAUUAAUUGUUGAAUGUUGGUUGGAGGGGAGUAUCUGCAGGCUCUUCUGCAGAGGACACUGAGUGACUAUGACAAGGCAGGUUAUGAUCCAGCAGCAAGCAGUUUGGAGAUCAGAUUGAUUCAGAGUCAAGAUGACAUUCGCAACCCACAUGUUCAAUUCGAAGCCCAAAAAUACUCUUGAGACAAAGUUAUAGCUAGGGGGGUGCAACGAUUUGGUUUCCACUGGAUCGAAUCAGGCCGAAACGAUAUUUGGAUCGUAUUGGAACAAGUCGAAUAUAGUUUCAUUUGCUUUACUUUCUAAAGUCUAGUGUCGAUUCGUUCUGGUUUUGGCUGGAUGGCAGUAGGCAUGCACAUCCCUAUUAAUAGCACUGCAAAGUUAUUGGUUUCAAACCUAUUUAUCCAUCUUUACCUGUAUAAAUAAAUUAAAUGACAUGAAUGAAUGCAUCUCGUAAGGUCGUAUCUUUUGUUUUUGGGUGUUCUUGAGAUUCUGGUGCA